UACUCUUUAGUCCUUAACUCAUAAAAAAUGGCCGAAUUUUAAAGGAAUAAAAAUAUCCUCUCUCUCUCUCUCCGCGAGCUCCUUUAAGCACAACACUCACCUCAAAAAGCAGUACAAAUCUACUUCAACAUAUGCUUCAGAUCUUCGAAUUUCCAUCUCGCAUGCAUAAAUUUCUGUGUGUCAGUGUGUGUGCGGUUGGAUCUUGAGGUUUCUAUUAUUAACUGCUACUAGUGAAAAUGGGUCACUUGAAUCUACCAUCGUCAAAGCGAAAUGUUCGACAGUGGCGUCUUCUUGAUUUAGUAUCAGCAGCUUUCUUUGCAGCAGUGUUAAUUUUCUUCCUUCUUUUGUGUACCCCUUUGGGUGAUUCCUUAGCUGCUUCAGGGCGUCAGUCUCUGCUUCGUUCAGCCUCUGGGGAUCCACGUCAGCGCAGUCGCCUUGUCGCACAGGUGGAGUCAGGGAGACAGACAACAGGUAUUGAUGCAUGCCCAGCAGACUAUGUGGAUCAUAUGCCUUGUGAGGAUCCAAGAUUAAAUAGCCAGUUGAGUAGAGAGAUGAAUUAUUAUAGGGAAAGGCAUUGCCCUUUGCCUAAGGACACCCCUCUUUGUUUGAUUCCACCCCCACAAGGUUACCGCGUCUCUGUUCACUGGCCUGACAGUUUGCACAAGAUAUGGCAUGAGAAUAUGCCCUACAAUAAAAUAGCUGACAGGAAAGGGCACCAAGGAUGGAUGAAAAAAGAAGGGCCGUAUUUUAUCUUCCCUGGUGGUGGAACUAUGUUUCCUGAUGGGGCAGAGCAGUAUAUCGAGAAGCUUAAACAGUACAUUCCAAUUGCUGGUGGAGUUUUGAGGACUGCCCUUGAUAUGGGAUGUGGGGUUGCCAGUUUUGGUGGCUACCUACUUGCCGAAGACAUGUUGACGCUGUCUUUUGCUCCAAGAGAUUCACAUAAAUCACAAAUACAGUUUGCCUUGGAACGAGGAAUACCCGCAUUUGUUGCGAUGCUUGGGACGCGCAGGCUUCCUUUUCCUGCCUUCUCGUUUGAUUUGGUUCAUUGUUCACGGUGUUUGAUUCCUUUUACUGCAUAUAAUGCAACAUACUUCAUCGAAGUUGACCGGUUACUCCGCCCCGGCGGCUACCUUGUUAUUUCUGGUCCUCCUGUUCAGUGGCCCAAGCAAGAUAAGGAGUGGGGGGAUCUCCAAACAGUGGCCAGAUCGUUGUGCUAUGAGCUGAUUGUUGUUGAUGGAAACACUGUCAUCUGGAAAAAGCCUCUUGGGGAUUCAUGUCUUCCUAAUCAAAAUGAAUUUGGGCUUGAACUGUGCGAUAACACGGAUGACCCAAGUGCUGCAUGGUACUUCAAGUUGAAAAAAUGUGUGAGUAGGACUUUAUCUGUCAAAGGAGAAUAUGCCAUUGGGAAAAUUCCAAAAUGGCCGGCGCGGCUGACAAAAGCUCCAGCUAGGGCAAUUGUUACUAAAAAUGGAAUGGAUGUGUUUGAAGCUGACUCAAGAAGAUGGGCACGCAGAGUUGCAUUCUAUAAAAGUUCAUUGAACUUGAAACUAGGAACUUCAUCAGUUCGCAAUGUCAUGGACAUGAAUGCAUUUUUCGGAGGAUUUGCUGCAGCGUUAUCAUCAGAUCCAAUCUGGGUGAUGAAUGUUGUUCCAGCACAUAAGCCUUUAACACUUGAUGUGAUUUUUGACAGAGGCCUUAUUGGAGUUUAUCAUGACUGGUGUGAGCCUUUCUCAACAUACCCUCGGACUUAUGAUCUGAUUCAUGUGGGAGCCAUAGAAUCUCUCAUAAAGGAUCCCGUUUCUGGAAAGACCAGGUGUAGCCUUGUGGAUUUGAUGGUAGAAAUUGAUAGAAUGCUUCGGCCUGAAGGAACUGUCAUAAUUCGGGACUCUCCUGAAGUGAUAGACAAAGUAGACCGAAUUGCUCCUGCUGUAAGAUGGACGGCAAGAAUUCAUGAGAAAGAACCUGAAUCACAUGUGAGGGAGAAAAUCCUGGUAGCCACCAAGAAUUUUUGGAAGCUACCUUCUGCAUCCCACUGAUUGAUCCUUUUGUUUUUGUACUUUUAGGUAUAUCUCCAUUUUUCCUUAUUGUCUCAUUACUAUGGCCAAUUGGCAUGUUUCAAGUUAUGCAAGUAGUCUACUUUUUGCUCCAUCUCUUCUUUCGAUCUAGCUUAUGUAGAAAACUGUAAAAAAAAUUAUAGCAUACUGUUACGAACUCUUCUAUUAGAUUCAGUUAAAUGAUGAAAUGAUUUUCUUUUUUUA